AUGGCGAUGAUGGUCGGGACCAGCAGCAAGGGCAGAUCAUCAGCCAAGGACCGUCAGGGCAAGUCGUCGGCCAAGGACCGUAAGGACAAGUCGUCGGCCAAGAGCCGCAAGGGCAAGUCGUCGGCCAAGAGCCGCAAGGGCAAGUCGUCGGCCAAGAGCCGCAAGGGCAAGUCGUCGGCCAAGAGCCGUAAGGGCAAGUCGUCGGCCGAGGACCGAAAGGGCAAGUCGUCGGCCAAGGACCGUAGGGGCAAGUCGUCGGCCAAGGACCGAAAGGGCAAGUCGUCGGCCAAGAGCCGCAAGGGCAAGUCGCCGGCCAAGGGCGGUGGGUCGUCGUCGCCAACCUCGCCCUCCUCCACCUCCUCCACCUCUACAACCUCCAGGGACAAGGAUAAGACCAAAGCCAAGAGAGGACGCAAGGCCAAGUCGCGUGGGAAGCGCGCAUCGUACUUGAGGCCGUCAAUGUCGCGCUCACGAAUGGGUUCGACGGUGCGGGCGUGGGCUGUGCCGUCCAAGUCCAAGCUACGCCUACUGGCGGAUGAGGGCAAGAUCGGGGCCAGCGAGCUGAAGAAGCUGGCCAAGCGGCUGCGCGGGAAGCGCACCAUCUCGCUGGGCAAGUUUAUGGCGGCAGCGUUGGCAAGCGGUAUUGUGUCGCGGCGACGGCGGCUUGGCCUGUGGGCCAUGCUCGCCACUUCGGCCAACAAGCUCAACGUGCACGAGCUGGAUUUGUACGUGGCGUUGAUGACCGGGACGUCAGCGGCGACGAUGCUUGCGGGUUGGGCGCGUGUCUUCGACCGCGGCUCGCGCGGACUCGAUGCCGCCGCAGUGCGGAACAUGUUUGUGGCGGCGGCGGUGACCAAGACUCGUUGCGACUUUGCCUUGCCCGGCAUCCACAAGGCGACCAAGUCGACGCCGCUGCGGUUUGCUUAUUCGAACGAUGAUGCACAGCCUUUCUUGGCGGCGGCAGACGCGUUCUUUGCACGCGCGGUCCGCAAGACUGCAUCGAGCAAGUAUAUCACCGCCGACGAGUUUGCUCGGAUGCGCAAGGCCAAGGAGCUUGGGCCGAUUGUGGCGUACUUUACCUCGGUUGCGCGGGCGCUGCCGAGUUCGCGCGGUGCAACGUCAUCCGAUUCGGGUUCGGGUAGCUCGGGCAGCUCGGAUAGCUCGUCGGCGUACUCGUCGGCACCGUCGUACUCGUCGGGGCGGGGCCUGCAAACCUCGGUGUUUGUUGACGAGGUGAAGCGGCCACGUGGGGCGCGGUACCGGCGCGACCACAACGAUACCGGGCGGGCGGACACGCGGUCGCACAUUCGAUCACGGGCGCGCGAGUACCUCUCUGGCGCGUCGAUGGGCGGCUCGGGCUCGUCGAGCAAGCGGGCGUCGAGCUCGCGCAAGGCAUCGGCGCGUGUCCGGCGUGACGAGCUCGACGACGCUGACGUUUUUCACCUCGGCCAUUGGGCGGAUCUGUACUCGGAGCUGUGA